CGACAACGGAGUGGCGCACAUUAGCACACGACGUCGUUUUGAGCACCAAACACACCGCCACCGCUUUCUCUCGUUCUGUUUCGUGUUAAUAUCCGACUUGCCCAGAAAGGGAGGACUGAAGAUUCCUCUGAGAAACGCAGUUUUCGAUUUGGGUAAUUCCUCAAGGUGAUUUCUUCUUUGUCCUUUACUCGGGGGCCUGCGGUUGAGCGAGAUAGACUAUCUGAAAAUGGGUCAAGCUUUUGGGUGUAUCCAAGUGGACCAGUCGAAGGUUGCAAUCAAAGAGACUUUCGGGAAAUAUGACGAGGUUCUUGAGCCCGGUUGCCAUUGUUUGCCGUGGUGCUUGGGAAGCCAGGUGGCCGGCUACCUCUCCUUACGUGUUCAGCAGCUCGACGUCCGCUGCGAGACAAAAACCAAGGAUAAUGUUUUUGUCACGGUGGUUGCUUCCAUUCAAUACCGAGCCUUAGCUGACAAGGCCCAAGACGCCUUUUACAAGCUCAGCAACACAAGGGCUCAGAUUCAGGCUUACGUUUUCGACGUCAUCCGGGCAAGUGUUCCUAGGCUGGACUUGGAUUCAACCUUUGAGCAGAAAAACGAUAUUGCAAAGGCUGUUGAGAGUGAACUCGAAAAGGCUAUGUCGCAUUAUGGCUACGAGAUAGUUCAGACACUGAUAGUGGAUAUCGAGCCAGACGUGCAUGUGAAGAGAGCCAUGAAUGAGAUAAAUGCCGCUGCUAGACUGAGAGUGGCAGCGAAUGAGAAAGCGGAGGCAGAGAAGAUACUGCAGAUAAAGAAAGCGGAAGGAGAGGCAGAGUCGAAGUACCUUGCGGGAUUGGGCAUAGCCCGACAGAGACAAGCCAUAGUGGACGGUCUGAGGAACAGCGUUCUCGCCUUCUCUGAGAAGGUUCCAGGGACAUCUUCAAAGGAUGUCAUGGACAUGGUUCUGGUCACUCAGUACUUUGACACGUUGAAAGAGAUAGGGGCAUCUUCCAAAUCCAACUCGGUCUUCAUCCCCCAUGGUCCAGGAGCCGUCAAAGACAUUGCUUCGCAGGUUAGGGAAGGUCUUCUGCAAGCAAGUUCUUCUGCGUAAAAAAAAAAACAACUCAAAAGUACAGUUGCAGUUACAGUUAGAGUACUUGUUCAUGGUAGACUUGUUUUGUGUUUGGUUUAUAACUCUGAAGCUGCUUGUUUGUUAACCGGACCGGGAUUUGGUCGUUCUUCCGAGUUCCGGUCUGGUUUUUCUACGUAAAUGUUAUUUGUUUGGUAUUAUUUGCUGAAACAUUCUGGGUUUAAAUAUAUUUUCAUGAAAUCAAUGCA